AUGUCUGUGUCUUGUAACUGUGGGGUUUUUACCAUACCUCCUGAAUUUUCAAACGCGGCCGUUUAUCUUCAAUAUCUCACGCCUGACGAGGCAAGGCAAAUCCACAAACAGUUCAAGGUUCGCUGUCUCCGCCCUGUCCUAUGGACCGGAAUGCACGAAGGCCUGGCGCGACAGUGGGCCAACAAACGCGGAAUGCAGACAUUAAUCACGGCCAUGGGCCCACUGAUGCAGACUAACAACCCCUCCUGUUUGAAAUUGAAGAAGUCACCCACGGCCUGGAGCAAAUAUAUGAAAGGGGUUUCAGCAAUUUUUGCGCAGUACGCUAUCCAAGGCGAGGUGGCUACGGUGCUCUCACCACCUCCUCCAGAGCGGUUUCAUCCCUCUGGUUGGACCAAUUUUCAAUCCAUCGAAGAGCCCAUCUUGAAAGGGCAGUUCGGGGGCCCUGCUGUGGCGCGAAUCGAAUUGAUCCACCCGGGAGUUCCAGGGGCGGAGGACUUUCGAUACGAAUUCUGGCCUGUCGAUGAAGCAUCUUUGUGGACCAAAGAGUUCGGUACGAUUGAUGUGGGGAGACCGCAUUGGAGAAAGGUCAAAUCGCGACCUCCUCAAUCGUCAUUGCAGGUAACUAUCCGAGAAAUUAUGAGUGAUCGCAACGCAGAAUUGAAGUCGUUCCUGGUGCAGUGCAGAACACAUGGAGAGAGAUCGCGUGGCUCUCAAUCGAACAUAACAGCUGUGAAGGAAAACUUGAUACCGGCGAAGGUAGCAGAGAAGGUAGCCUUAAUCGCCAUGACAAUGGCAGCGAAGCCGGUACCUAUGGAGCCGGCAGGGAAAGUGGGGAAAGAGACCGCUUCAGAGAUGAUCAACACGAAGAAGGCCAAGGAGUCAAAGAAUGCGGAUCUGACACCUGCAAAGACCACAGCAAAAGACGUGAGAGCCACAGGUACACAAGAGAAGGAGAAGAAGGAGAAGGGGAAAAUGCAACCAGCGCCCGUACAUGCACAUGGAAAGAUGAUCAAUAAAAGAAAUCCACCCAAGACAGAGAAGGUAGUUAAGCUGCCGCAAACGACGACAGCAGCACAGAAUGGCCAAAAGAAAGGCGAAAAGAAAAGCAGUGUGAAAAGCAGCGUCAAGCAGCUAAAGCCGGGGAAAACCUGA